AUGGGAUCAAAAAAGAAAACAGUAUCACAACAGAGAGUUAAACAAGAAAUUAAGGAAAGAAAUAGCAAGUCAAAUGAAACUAGGAGAAAGGAAAUUUUUAAACUCAACCAAAAAAGGAGUGGAGAUGGUGCUGAUGAUGAACCACAGUCAAAGUGGCACUAUUUUCAAAAUAUGGCAUUUUUAAAAGAUCAUUUUACACCCAGAAAAACUAGCGGUAUAAUUGAAAAUGCUGUACAAGAAGCUUUCACGUAUGAUGAGAUGGAAGAUGAGGUAACAUUAAGUUCAAUGAUGGUUAACGAUCAUUCCCAACUAGAAAAUCAAAGUGAAAUGAGCCAACAAAGCGAAACUUUAAUUACUCCAUCGUCAUCCAAUGACACGACUAAAGUAAAUCGACAAAGAGAAACUGCCAAUAAUUUAUUCUCUUCCAAUGAUAAAAAAAGCAAAAAUUGUUAA